UUUGAUUAGUUGUAAGUACAGCGGGACUGGAAGCCGCCAUUAUUAGGUUACAGACAGUAAAGCAUUUCCUGUGGGUUGCUGCUUCUUCUUCUUCCUUUGAUCUUAUCGGACCAGGCUUCCGCAUCUGGUUCGCAGAUCUCCCCAAAAAUUUGACCUUCACGGCUUCACGCAAUCACCAUCCAAUUCCUAAUUUUUUGGAAUUCUUGAAAGGCGUUUCAAGCAAUUUCAAAUAGUGUGAGGGUUAGGGUAUACGAAUUCCCCUUCCCUUCCCUCACUUUCGAUGGAAUUGACCCACAUUUAGCAAGCAAAAUUCUUCUGCAGAGACUAAUACACACUGCUGUUGCUCCUCAGGGGUUUGAUUGGACUAGAAGUUUUCAGAAUGGUGGAAUCGACCCCAAUAUACUUGAGCAUUAUAGCUUUUUUCUGUACUGUUGGAGCCAUGGCUUUGGCCAUCAUGCAUAUCUACAGGCACCUCAUCAAUUACACUGAACCCACUUAUCAGAGAUACAUUGUCCGCAUCAUCUUCAUGGUUCCGAUAUAUGCGUUGAUGUCGUUCUUAUCCCUUGUCAUUCCUGCUGGUUCAAUCUACUUUAAUUCCAUUAGAGAAGCCUAUGAAGCUUGGGUCAUUUAUAAUUUUUUAUCGUUGUGCUUGGCAUGGGUUGGUGGUCCAGGAUCUGUGGUUCUAAGUUUAAGCGGUAGGGUUCUAAAGCCUUCUGUGGUUCUGAUGACAUGUUGCCUCCCUCCCAUACCCCUGGAUGGGCGCUUUAUACGUAGGUGCAAACAAGGAUGUUUGCAGUUUGUGAUCCUGAAGCCUGUCUUAGCUGUUGUUACACUCAUACUUUAUGCAAAGGGGAAAUAUGCAGAUGGAAAUUUCAGUCCAAGACAGUCAUACCUGUAUCUCACUAUUAUCUACACAAUCUCAUACACGACAGCUCUCUAUGCUUUGGCGUUGUUUUACUUUGCUUGCAGAGAUCUACUCCAGCCUUUCAAUCCAGUUCCAAAGUUUAUUAUAAUCAAAUCUGUUGUUUUCCUCACUUAUUGGCAGGGUGUGUUGGUCUUCCUUGCUGCGAAAUCUGGCUUGAUAAAGAAUGCAGAGGAUGCAGCUCAGUAUCAAAAUUUCAUAAUUUGUGUUGAGAUGCUUAUCGCUGCUAUUGGUCAUUUAUAUGCAUUUCCUUACAAGGAGUAUGCUGGUGCAAAUAUUGGCGGGCCUCGAGAUCUGACUGGAAGCCUAUCGCAUGCCGUAAAGUUGAAUGACUUUUACCAUGAUACAGUCCACCAGUUUGCCCCUACUUAUCAUGAUUAUGUACUGUACAACCCUAGUGAGGGUGACGAGGGAAAGAGGAAAUAUCGGUCACGCACCUUUGUGCCGACUGGCCCAGAGAUGGAUGCUGUCAGAAGAAACAAGAACAUGUUUGGGAACAAGAUAGAUGACAUACAGCUUUCCAGUCUAUCAUCUUCUAGUGCAACCACUCCGAAUAAUACUGGCCCAAUACCGGAGUCUAAGAAUUCAGAUGCAAUGAAGUCUUCCCUUCUUGUUGAUAACUUGAAUUCUGCAUCAGUGCCGUAUGACAUGUCACUCAUCGACUUAGACCUGAACAGUUACCCCGCAAAGGUUCCUUCAGCAAAUGAAGGUGGCACUAGGCGACAACAAUAGUCUGUGGUAGACAUGUAUGAAGAAUAUUCUUACUAGGAAAACAGCUUUAAAAGGGCCCUGAGGCCUUCGGGAAAGCCUCAGUUGCUUAAUAGUGUGGUGAAAAUGAUGUCGGGUAUACUCCCUUUUUCUCUCCUUGGUUUGAUGCACUUUCGUCACAAAUAUCAGGCUUCCCACUGAGAUUGUUUUCAAUGUCUUGUUAGUUCAGUGUGCAUUGUAGAUAUGGAAAAUUUAAUUGUCAUACUUGCUAGGUCACAAUAGGAAACACAAAUCGAUCUGUUUUUUUUUUUCGCAUUUUUUGUUGCACAAUGAAGAGUUCUGUUGCCUAUUGGAUGUCUUGGACUUGAUAUUGAAAUAUUUUCCUGAACUGUAACUUGGUACA